ACCUGAAAAGAAGAUGAAGCUCUUUGCAGGGCUUAUAGAUGGAUCUCGGAAGAUAGUGUGAGGGGGAGUUCUCAAACAAGUGAAGGUGUUUGGACUCGUAUGUCCAAAAAAUACUAUGAGUUCUACAAAGGCACCACUCCACUGAAUACCCGAAACCACGAGAGUUGUUCUUCAAGAUGGAAUGAACAUCUUCAUCCAAGUUUGAAUAAAUGGCAUCAAGCACUAUUAGUAGCAGCAAGAAGAUAUGAAAGCAGUGCCAAUUACUACGACGAAGUACGCCAAACAGAGGAAUUGCAUAUGGAGGGCAGCUCGAAACCCUUUCAGUAUCACGGUUGUUGGGAAAUUUGUAAAGGGUGGGUGUUAUUUGAAGAUCCACCACAACAUAGGGUAGGUCCUACAACAGUGUUCGGAACUGUAUCCUCAGCCGUAGAUGGGGAUGAAGAUGGAUCUCCUACCAUUCAAGAAACAAGGGUUGAAAUCCAUCUUUGGGUGAAGGUUCCAUACCUAGGGCUAUGGGACGAAAAAAGGCCUAAAGGUUGAAGGAAAAAGGCAAGGCAAAAGAUGAUUACGCCGCUCAACAAGAAGUGGUGAUGUCAUUGCGAUUAAUGGCGGAGCAAAAUGCCAUUGCCGCUAAAGAAAGGAACCAUAGGCAUGAAGAACGGGCCAAACAAAUACAAGAAGAGAUGGUUGAUAGGAAUAUGCAAAGGAACACUUCGGAUUACACUCCAAUGAGUAAGGCCUAUUUUGAUAGGAAAAAGAGGGAAAUUAUGGCCCGACAACAGUUGUUUACCUCCGACUAUACUCCUACAAUGGCAGAUGAUGAA